AGAUUUAAUUUAUAAAUGGACACUGACAACAAACUCAAAGUAUUAGGAUUUAACACAAUGUAUAGAGCUUUUGAAAUGGAUGAACAUUUUAUGCCUAAUUAACAGCACACGUUCUUGGUUUGUUUGAUUUGGUAAUUGUAAAACCUUUAAGUGUAACCUGCAUUUGACUUAAUUUUUUAGUAUUUAGAUUGAAUUUUUAGCAAUUUUUGGCUCCUACUUGCACAAACUAAACUCUGUGGAGCCAUGUUGGUUUUACUUUACUUUUUUAACACAACGGAGAUUUUCCCUCAUUAUUCGAAUAUUUGUUGACAAUAAUAACGUAACCUCUAGUCCUGCUGUUAAUCAGUCAUUUCCAUGCUCGGCUGUCAGAAUCACAUAGCUGGUCUGUUGCUGGCUGAAGAGUAGUUCUUACCUCAUCCAGAGCCAUGUCCAAAAGCCACUACACUUCCCACAAGCCUUUGCACAGAUAACCGUAAAGCGUCAUAAAAAACAAUAUGGCGCCUGAAUGCGUGCAUGGAGUUUGCUAUGUGCCGCUAUUCGUCGAAUAUAAAAACUAGUUUUUGCCAUUGAAGGAGCACUUUUAUGACAGGCCAAAAUGUUUCGCCGUUCAAGAUUUAGUGUUCAGCCCAAAGUCACUGGCAAGAGCAGAGCUGCAGCAGCACCCCAGGAAGCCCCGCCAACGAACCAGGAGGCCACUGAGACCACUACCACGACUGCCAGUGACAGCAGCAAAACCAGUGCAGUAACAGAAAUCCCAUCUGCUGUGACUCAGUCAACACCUGCAGCCUCAGGGGAAGUCAAUGACCAAAAUGUGGAUAGCACUAGCUCCUCAGCGGCACUUCAGAGAAGAAAGCGGUUUUCUGUGAAGCCCAAGGUGGCCCCAGGUCGCCCCUCCACCCAGAGUCGGACACCAAAAUCCCCCAUCAAACCGGUCUUGGAAACCCCUGCUGAAGUACCGAGCUCAGACCUCGAUAAGCCAAGCACAUCCGAUCAGAAUGAGUCUCAAGAACUUCAGUCCCCACAACGACCUUCAGAAGAAAGCACGCAGCUCAAAGUACAAAGUGAUACCACACCUGGAUCUUCAGAACUACCAGCUGUAGCAGGUCCUGAGGCAUCACUACAAAAAACUGGCAAACAAUUAGAGAGCCAAGUUACGGACAUUUCCUCUAGACCUCCGGUUAAAGCCCAGCCCUCUCUACCAGACAAAGAAACUGAUGAAAUAUCAGAGAAGGCCAAGACUUUGGUCUCAUCUAAGAGUGGACUGUCUAUCUCAGCAUCAGCUUCGUCUUUGAGUAAACUCCUCAAUGAUCCAUCCGACUUACAGAGGCUAGCAAAGGCCCAGAAGUUAAGAGAACUGCUCAGAGAGGAAAAGCACAAGGAAAGGAAACUCAGGAAAUCUAAGUGUCGUGGAAAGGAAUACUCUUUGGAUCCAGCAAAAAUGACCAUGAGAGACCUCAUCCAUUACCUUCCAAUGUCCAACCCCAUGAAAUCGAGUAUUACCGAUAUGGCUCCUGAGAACGAAACAGUGGUUCCAUCCUCACCAGGAAGAGAAGAACCCCUAGAGAGUGCACAGGAACCUCAAGCCCCCCAAAACGAUGCAAACCCAACUGUGGAGGAUGAGGAUGGGGAUGUAGAGGAGGUGGAAGAUGAAGAGCAGGAAGAUUCGAUCAUGGUUCCCCAGGUUAAAGUUGCAGAAGAUGGAUCACUGAUCAUUGAUGAAGAGAGUUUGACAGUGGAAGUCCAGAGAACAAAAGGACCAAACACGACACAGGAUCGUGAUCCCAUCUUUGAGCGCGGGUCAACAACAACAUACUCCAGUUUCAGAACAUUGAAGAUGGCAAAACCCUGGUCUGCUGAAGAGACAGACAUGUUCUACUUGGCUAUUAGUAUGGUGGGAACGGACUUUUCUAUGAUUUGUCAACUUUUUCCUCUGAGAAGUCGCACAGAGAUUAAGAACAAAUUCAAAAAAGAGGAGCGAGAGAAUUGCUGGAGGAUCGACAAAGCAUUCAGAGACAAGCGUAAGCUGGACAUAGAGUACUUUUCCAAACUGCUGGAAAAGAUUUUGGAGUUUCAGAAAAACAAAAAGAAACUCAGAGCAAUCACUCAGAAGAAUGCUCCCAAAAAGAGCCAAAGAAGAGAAAAGGGGAAGAAGAAGAAGUCUAAGAAACUGACUGAUAUAGAGGAAGAAGAUGAAAAUGAAGACGACGAUGAAGUGCUUGAUUUGGAGGAUGAGGAGGAAGGAGGAGAGAAAGAAAACGACAACCUCGCUAAUGAAGACGAAACUUCAUUCUCGAAGCCCAAGAGACAACAGAAAAGGAAGACUGAACAGGAUGAUUUAAAUGAAGAACCAAACAAUAACAAAAAGAAAAGAGCUGCAAAGGGUGAGACCAGCAUACCUGAACACACUGAAGCUGCACUUCCUGAGAACCACACAAGCACAGAGACGUCUGACGAUGUGACUCCCACCAAGGACACACCAGUUAAACCGGUUGAGCUCUCCAGAAUGAGAGUGGCAAAACCUCUGCUGCCCCUGGGCAGAAAAUGGGGUAAGAAGCCUCCGCUGCCAUCAACAAGACCUGAAGAAAGCAUGGCAGAUGAAGAAAAUGAAAAUGUGUGUGACGGCGCCUCAGACCAGGUAAACAAGGAGUCAUCGCCUGUAAAACAAGCCGGUCUGGAGCAGUCAGCUGAGGCUGACGUUUCCUCUGAAGAAGAGUAUGCCACUGUUCAACCUCCGAGACCCACAAGGUAUGGAAGAAUGCCUAAGCCCACCAAGCCUCUAACGUACUCUGCUAAAGAGGCUGAACACUCCGAUGCCCCCGCUGCCUCAUCAGUGGACACAGCUGCGUCUAACCUGAAGUCUAAACCCAAAUGUUCAACCAAAAGAGGGCGAACAUCGAAACAACAGUCUGCCCAGGAGUCCAAAAAGCCCAAACUAGUCACACUUCGAGCUUCCCAGUUGCAAUACAGUGACGAUGAGGAGGAAACGCAGCUGGAAGAUCAUGAGGAGCCAGAGAGAGAAGUGGACUCUGAGGACGGCACUGCCUGUGUCUUUGUGCCUGCCAGCCUACGUUCCCCACCACCGGUGAUCGCAGAAGUUGAAGAAACUAUGGAGGAGCUUGAUAUCUUGGCUAAUAUGCCCGAUGUGUUGGGCAUUUCCCAAGAUGCACUGUGCCAUGAUGUCUCUUGGGAUAAGGCACAAAAUCAGACAGGCACAGCUGAACCAUGUGAACAUCAGUUGGACCUGCUAGUUGAUGUAAUAGACUACCUUUCUUCAGAACAGACAGAGGUGUGUGAAGAUGAAGGCUACAAUGAAGCUGCUCAAACACUGUUGACUAUUAGCAACAUGAUGCAUCUCCCUCAGACAGCAGAGAACCAAUCAGCUGCACAAGAUGAUGUAACAGACGAACUACCAGAGUGUUCCAGAAAGCCUCGGCCACACAUUGACUUGGAGGAGAGCAGUGAAACAGCAGUGAAUUCGAGUGAUGGAGUCUCACAAACACCAGAGCCCAGCAAUCAGCUAUGUGGUGUCUCAAAAACAGUUGAUGAUACAGACUGUAGCUCACAAAUAGACCCAAGCCCAGAGGAGUCAGAAAAACAUUCCCCACAACCCAGAAAGGUACUACCUAAAUUGAAACCUAAACCUAAUUUAGCAGUGGUUUCAAUGACUGCACAGCCCCAAUCACAACCAGACAACAUAUCAGAGCCGACAGAGCAUAAAGAAGAUAGCAACACGCGACCUGUCCACUGUCCACCCAGUGAGACAUUGUCAUCUCAUGAAGAAGUCUCUGAAAUCACAGAUUCACCUUCAGUGUUUGCCCCGUCAUCUGAUACAAAAUCUACUGUUUCACCACCGAAGAAUCCGUCCGCAAACAAAGAGUCAAAAAUGACAAAUAAUGAGCUUGUUGAGCAAAUGUAUCAUGUUUUGCCAACGACUCGUCUGAGUGUCUCAGAAGAACAAACCCUGCCUGAUAUUCCAUUUGAACCCAAUAUCAGUGAUGCAUGCUUGUCAUCUGCAGUUCUGGAGAAGAGAGAACCCACUCAGGAUGAGUCAGAGAGUCAUGGUAACUUGGUGGAGUCCGAUUCACUUGUAACAGUGUUACCAACUGGGCAAAACACGAGUGAACAUCCUGCAUCAUGUGAUUUGUCCUUCUCCAAGAAAGAAGGAGAUGAGGCUGAGCUUUCCCCUGGUGGCCAGCUCAGAAGAUCAAGGUCACAGAAGGUCAAACCUGUACCAAACAUACCAGGGACAUUAGGAACCACUCGAUCAAGAACUCCAGUCGUUGAAGAGCGAGACGAAAGCGACUCUUCUGUCAAUAAAACGAGUCAAAGCACUAGUCUUUCUGCUGUCGUAACGUCACCAAACUCCCCCUGUGAAGCCACCACAGAAUUGUCAUGUAUGGGAGACGAGCAAGUUCAAUGUGAAACAUCAGUGGAUGCUAUGUCUUUUCUAGGACAGAGUGAGUCAAAAAGUCAUCCUCAACUUACAAACCAAGACGUGGGGUCAACAUUGGCAACCACAGAUGACAAAGGGUUAAGUCACAGCGAAACAUCUGGCAGUUGUUCUCUGUUGGGAUUGGUCUCAACGGCUGAUCAGGACCUGGGCCUUGUCCAAGAGAUCAGUGAACAUGCUGUGACACAAAAAGAAUCACCUGUCACUCAGCAGGUAGAAAGUGAGGUCAAAUCAGCCGUAUCAUCCAGAAGGAGUCGAUUCCCAAGGGUCCAACCAAGAAUACCCCAGACCUCAAGGUCUAAACUUCAAACCAAAAAAGACUCUGAAGAAAACGACUCGAUAGCCGCACCAAUUUUAUCAUCUCCUAAAAAGUCAAAUCAAUCAGUAAUUUCAACCUCAAAUUUACCACCCGCUAAUAAUCUGUCUCCAACUGAGGAAGUAGACAGGUCAUUGGCAAUGACAAAGUUACAGGCUGGACAAGAGUUGAUUCCUCUCCAGGAGAGCAGUGAACAUCGUGUGACUGUAGCUGUUGACAGAAGUGAGGCUCAAAUGAAAUUUGACUCUGAUAAAACUGGUUCACAAGCAGAAGAAGUAAAAAGCUGUGGGGAGGCUGAGCCACAUGUUGGUCAGAAAGAAGAGAACAAAGUUACAUCUCCCUGCACGUCUAGAAGACGAUCGCAGAAAGUUAAGCCUAAAGUUAACAUACCACAGACAUCGAGACCUUCCAAACUCUCACCUAAAAAAGCCAAAGACGUAGUAGAAAUUGAAUCAAAUCCAGCAUCUGUAAGUGAACAAGGAGAAAUCCUGACUUCUUCUGAAAAUGAAACAAGUCUGGGCUCAGGUUCGCUUUCAGUUUCGAUUCCAUCAUUGGAUGUAGGCUCCACUCUUACAAAUGAACAACCGUCAACUGCAGAGCUGGAAAGGGCAGACGAGAAGAUUGUUGGACGGACGUGUGCUGUUGGGUCACCUCUAGGUCACUAUCAAUCAGAAAACCACAGCCUGUCGGAUGUUUUGUUUGAACACAGCCGCAGAAACACAGAAACAGCCAGUGAAAAGGCCAAAUGUCGUGAUGCCACAUCUGAGAGCAGCAAUAACAAAGUGACAUUUGACACUGCCUCUGCACGAUCCAAUAGAGGAGAAAAUGUACCUCCUAUCCAAGAGAAACUUCGCAAUCUUGAUGCAGAAGUUGCAACUGUCAGUCAAAUGGAAGAGAGUGACGCCCUCCAAGAUGUAACUCAGUCAAAACCCACCUGCUCUAAACAUCGAAUGACAGAUUCUACCCAGGACGUCGUCAUUCUUCCAGAAAAACAAAGUGAAGGUGCUGACACUGACAGUGCUUCUGCUUCCGUUCAGUCAGUGGAACUGUCCACCUCUGACAAACCAACAUUACUGACUGUGAAACCUAAAUCUGAGCUUGGACUUGAAAGCACCACUGAUAGUCCUAAGGCAAGUGUCCCUCAAAGAAGAAGGUACUUUCCCAAGGUCAAACCUAAUUUGGUGUCCUCUCCCAGACGCAUAUCGACCACACAGCGGCAAAGAAACAGCACUGACACCUCAGAUGAACAGCCUGUUGGCAUUCCUCAGAUACAAGUGGAACGCACGGACAAGAAUACACAGAUAAAAGGUGCGAACAGUCCGUCAGUUGAAGGCAGCACUGGAGAAUCUGCAAUUACAGAGGCCAACGAGAGACUUGACAGCACAGGUGAUAUGAACACAUCCUCCAGUGGCAUUUCCAUAGCAACACCAUUUAUUGCUGACAUCCUGAAAAAGUCAGUUACUGAACAUAAGGUCAGUGAAGUCUCAUCACGAGAAAGAGGUUCAACAGACGGUGAAAUAUCCAACAAUAUCAAGGUGGAAGCUGGCUGCUCCAGGACACCACCAGCAGAUGAUUCAACGACAGCUUUAGGUUUUCUCUCCUCCAAAGAACCUCAUGCCUCCUCCAUACAAGACAAAGAGGAAGUAGGCCCAUCUUCCCAAAGCAGUCAGUCAGAGCUUCACUGCUCUUCAAAACCUACAAGUAAAGCCCCACAAACACGCAGAGGGAGACUGAUGAAACCCACGCCCAACCUUGGACGCAGUAGGUCUUUGCAACCUCAGAACCAGAGAACCACACAGGAUGUCAAAGAUACUGGUGCAGUGUCAGUCCACAGACCUGUGCCUGAAGUACAACCUAAUAUCCAAGAAUCAGUGAAGGAGAAUAUUCCAUCUUCCAGUGCAGCGUGCCUCCCUCUUGACGGUGACUCCAUGUUGGUCCGCUUGACAGAAACUGAUGGUCAGCAAAAUGAACAUGACCCAUCUGUUGAUGUAACUUUUCUGGGAUGUGAAACACAAGAAGUUGACAUUUCCCAGAUCACACCAACAGUGACUUUAGUGGAGAGAACUCCUCAGUGCUCCACCGUGUUUCCAGCCUUGACUACAGAGCAGUUGCCUUCAGAUCCAGACGAGCCGUUUUUCAUCCUCUCCCUCACUGAGAUUCCAGUCAGCUCAUCGGCAGAGAUGAUGGACACCACCGUGGAGACUCACCAUUAUGUCGGAGAUACAUUUACGCAGCAACAGAGCAGAGAUUCUGGACAGCCUGUAGCGGUUCCUGUUGAGGAAUCUCCCUUAGAGGAUGUUAUCAAGGAAAAUCCCCUAAACACACAGGAAGGUUCAACAGUGCAGCCAUCCACAUCACCGGAAACUGAAGAUAAUAUGAAUAUAGCUGAAUUUUCUUCCAAAACGGAGACAAAGCAGAGAUCGCCGAGGCCUCCAAGAAGAGCAGCCAAGCUCCAGGUCAAGCCUGACACUACCAGGACACGUGGCAGCAGGACUUUGAGAGUCGACAUCAACCAAGACUCUGACCUUCCACAGUUUUCCAUGCAGCCGCAAGUCUCAGUAGACAAUAGAGCUGAGCUGGACCGUCCAGGGAGUGGUCCUGGAGAUGAUGUUUCAGAAGCAGAAAUUAAGACCGAAAAUAUGAAGACAAGGAAAAGUACUAAUGGUGAUCCUCUCCCUGGCCGAGCAACAUCCAGCAUUUCUAAGGUCAAAACUGAACAAUCCACCUCCAUCCCCGUGGCUUCAACGUCACAAACUGUUGCUUCCUGUAGCCAUGUGACCAAGCAGCCAGGGGAAACCUCAACAACUCUCACUACUUCAUCUUUAGAAGAGUCUGUUCAACAGACCACUGAACACAGUCAACUGUGCUCAGACGUACUCAUAAACAAACAGUCGUGUCCAGAGCACAUUGAGGAGGAGUCCACCACCGUGUCUGAGUACUUCUUCAGCGACAUUUUCACUCCAGUGGAAGAAGACUGAGCCAUUAGAGGUGCAGCAGGGAGGGUACCGGCCGAGGCCGAGCUCCUUAUGUGUAGAACCAUUUAUGUAAAGAUUAAUUUAUAUAGGUUUUAUAUUUUGUACUCCAAGGAAGUGUGAAUGUGUAUUAUACACCCUCCCUCUUUAACAAGCACCUCGAGCACCGUACAUAUUCAGCAUGUAAAUUUUGUGUGAUCAUUUUUUUGCACUGCUUUAGAAAGGCUGCAGCCCACUUGAAACAAUUCAAUUCGAGGUGAUUUGUUAUUGAACAAGGCAGGUCAAUGUAAAUAAUGUGCAAUUGCGAAUGAGCUUCUUCUGAGUUGACAUCAUGUUAGCACAUUCAGUCUUCUCCUAAUUUAAGUCUUUUUGUGUCGUUGUGAUAUCUAUAUAUCUGAAACAUUUUUGUUUAUAUUUGAUAAAUUACUUGAUCACGUUGUACAUUUUGUUAAUAUGUAUAAAUAUCUAUACAUCAUAUGUAUUGUAUGAUGUUGAACUUGAAGAAUAGUGUGAAUAGUUGUGGUUAAGGCAUCCUGUCUAUCGUGUAAUUCAUACAAUGCCCCCAUUUAUUUCCAUUCAAUAUUCCUUCAGAAACAAUUUUGUUGAAUUUAUUUUAGAUAUAAUAAAAAUGUUUUACC